UCUUUAUAUUAUAUAGUAUAUAUAUAUAUACAGACACAAAAACGUUGAGCAAGCACUCAUAUCAGAAACACACACUACAUACACUAUCCCCACACACACUUUAGUGGACACAAUGCAGCUAAGGAUCAUGAGUUUCCGGUGCGUCCUCCUCCUCAUCGCCGCCGCGGCCGCCACCACAGCCAAUGCACACAAUGUCACCCACAUGCUGGCCAAGCACCCCGACUUCUCCACCUUCAACCACUACCUCACAACCACCCACCUCGCCGACGAGAUCAACCGCCGCCGCACCAUCACCGUGUGCGCCGUCGACAACGCCGCCAUGAACGAGCUCCUCUCCAAGCACUACUCCCUCUACACCCUCAAGAACAUCCUCUCCCUCCACGUGUUCGCCGACUACUUCGGCGCCAAGAAGCUCCACCAGAUCACCAAGAGCUCCACCACCACCUCCUCCCUCUUCCAGGCCACCGGCGAAGCCGACGGAACCUCCGGCUACGUCAACAUCACAGACAUGAAGGGCGGCAGGGUCGGCUUCACCCCCGUCGACAGCGACGCCGACCAGCCAAUGGCCACUUUCGUCAAGUCCAUCGAGGAGCUUCCGUACGACAUCGCCGUCAUCCAAAUCAGCCACAUCCUCUCCUCGCCGGAGGCCGAGGCCCCCACCGCCGGCCCCGGCGACACUAAUCUCACCGUCCUAAUGGCGAGGCAAGGCUGCAAGGCCUUCUCCGACCUAAUUACGGCGGACGGCGCCGCCGACACAUUCGCCCAAAGCGUCGAAGGCGGUCUAACAAUCUUCUGCCCCUCCGACGAGGCGCUGGCCGCCUUCGCGCCGACGUACAAAAACCUAACCGCCGACGGAAAAACCUCGAUCCUCCUCUACCACGGCGUCCCGAUCUACUAUUCCCUCGGGAUGCUCAGAUCUAGCAACGGAUUGAUGAACACGCUCGCCACGGAGGGGGCGAAGAAGUACGAUUUCACCGUACAGAACGACGGCAACGAGGUCAAGCUGAAGACCAAAAUCGUGACGGCGGCGAUCAAGGGGACUCUGAUCAAUGAAGAUCCGCUGGCGGUGUACAAAAUCGACAAGGUUUUGCUGCCCAAGGAGCUCUUCAAGGCGGCGCCGCCGGCGCCGGCGCCUAAGCCUGCUAAAUCGGCUAAAGCCAAGGCGGCGAAGGGCGAUGACGAUGCCGACAGUCCGGGACCCGCCGGAGAUGAUUCUGCGGCCGCCGAUGAGGAGUCGAGUAACGACGGCGGAGGUAGAUUUGCUGGGAGCGGAGGGUUUGUUACAGUGUGUUUCUGUUUGUUGUUUGGAAUUUUGACCCUUUAAUUAUUUCUUUUAUUUCUUUUUUUUUUUACCCUUUUUUAUUUUUUUUUUAUAAUUAUAUUGUGGUGUGAAUUUUGAUUAUUUUGAAGAAAAUGAUUUUUUUCUUAUGUUGUUUUUAUUUUGUAUGAAUAUGAGAUAUGUUGUGCAAAUUGGAAUAAACUUAUAAACAAAUUAUUUUUUGUUACAUAA